AUGGGUGACGAGGCUAGGAGAUUUACUGUGGUGAUGCGUCUCGUGUGUUCCGUGAGUCUUCCCGGCAGCGAUGUGGAGGAAAGUCAGGCCCAGCGCAAGGCCGAGGUGAUUCCAGAUGCAGUCGAUCAUUUCUUGGGAAGACUGCUGGACUCGAUUAAGUCCAGCAACAUUCCCGACAUCAACAGGCUCUAUGAGACAGAUUUCAAUCAACUCACCGAGAAGUACUACAACAAGACGAAGUGGCCGAGCGCAUACGCUGUCGGCGAUGCUCUUGGACAUGGUGAGGCACUGUUCCUCAUCCUCUACAAGGAGCUGUACUACAGGCACAUCUAUGCCAGACUGAACCCUGUCCUCUUCGAGGACAGAAUUGGCUCGUGGAAGAAUUACACCCAGCUCCUGGAUUUGAUGAUUGAGAACCUUUCCGAUGGGGAGGAUCUCGGGAUUGCGCUUCCGGCGCAGUGGCUGUGGGACAUUCUGGACGAGUUUGUGUACCACUAUCAGACGUACAGUACGUACUGCCACAAGGCAGCCAAGCUGCAGAAGGACCAAGAUGUCAAGCAGCUCGUCGACAACCCUGGUGUCUUCGAGACCACCAAGGUCCUCAGCUAUUUGCACCAGCUCGUGCGCUACUCUUUGAUUGAGGAGUGGCUCGCUAAUCCAGAUGGAGGCAAUGGCCAAGGAGCCGCUUUCACAGACGAGUCGACGCGACUGAUCGGCUAUUUUGCCUUGAUGCAGCUACUGCGAAUGCACAGCUUGCUCGGGGACUAUCGCCUUGCGAUGGAAACGAUUGAGAACAUCGACUUCCGUGCAGAGGUGCCUUUGUUCUACAGAAUUCCCGCCUGCCACGUCACCGUGUUUUACUACAUGGGCUUUGCGUACAUGAUGAUGCGCCGAUACGUGGAUGCAUCCCGCACCUUCCAAGACAUUCUCGUCUUCCUCUCCAAAAUCUCCUCGGUGAACUCGCUGUCCUAUCAGUAUGAUCAGAUGCUCAAGAAGCAGGAUCAGAUGUACGUGCUGCUGCUGAUCUCCAAUGCGCUUUGUCCCCAACCGCUGGACGAAUCACUCGAGAAACCCAUCAGAGAGAAGCAUGCAGACAAGCAGAUGCGCUUGCAGCAGGGCAAUGAAGCUUGCUUCGAGGACUUGUUCUCAUACGCGUGCCCCAAGUUCGUUGCGGCCUCUAUGCCCGAUCUGGACAACUUGGAGAACUUCACGGCUAAUGAAGCGCACCAGCGGCAGCUGACUCUUUUCCUGCAAGAGGUGAGGCAACAGCAGGCUUUGCCAACCAUUGGCUCCUACAUGAAGCUCUACACCUCUCUGCAGACCUCCAAGUUGGCACAGCUAUGUGAAAUGGACGGGGAGGGUCUUCGUGACCAGCUGAUGUGUGUCAUGCACAAGACCCGACAGCUGGUGCACCAGAGAGUUGGCACGCCGUUAGAUGGCGAGUUGCAGCCAUGUGGCGAAGUGGAGUUCUACCUGGAUGGAGACAUGGUCCACAUCAACGCGCAGAAGCCGCAGCGACCGCAUGCAGAUGUCUUCCUGGAGCAUAUCCGGAAGUUCCAGGACAUCUUGAAGCGGGCAGACAAGCUCGACAAACCAUCGCCUGCAUCUUGA